AUGCUGCCUCCACACUUCUCGGUCAGCCUGUUCAUUUGGCUGACUGAGUGGAGCACUGCUCGUGCUGCCCAGAUCCUGUCAGCAUCUCGAUCUGCGUCUUUUCUGAACAGCAGGGACCUUCCUUUGAAUGUGCUGAGCUUUCUGCAAUGGAACAUACACAGCGAGUGUUUCCUUUCUUGCCAAGACACGAAAAUUCAGGGCCACUGCGACAAGGCCUAUCCGCAAUGCAAGCAGAAUGCAACCGAACAGCUGAAAGGCAUGCUCGGUGAAGGUGAUGGUGCGCUUGAUUUUGCCGGCGUUGAGCAGCUAGCAGACGAAGAGCUCACAAACAACGGCGUUGACGAAGCAUGGGGAGGUCUCCAUCAUACUUGUGGAGGUGAGAACGGCUUUGGAGCCAUGCCUUUUGACAGCGCGAUGCUUCUGUACCGCAAGUCGAGAUGGAAGGUGAAAGAGGUGAAUGGUACAACUCUGCAGCCCUUCCGUGGGUGCAUGGAGAGGGUCACUGCUGGGGAGGUCGAAGGCGAAGCGAAUUACCGAGCCUUCCUUGGCCAGGCCUUCGUUCAUUUGCACACCCGAUUCGAGGUUGUGGUCGUUGUCGCGCACUUCCCACACCAAAAGAAAUAUCUUGAAGAGAUCCGUGGGCUGUCGGCUGCUUUGACUUCUUUUCGUGCAGCGUCUGGCAUAGAUCAGGUGGUUCUGAUCGCAGACACGAACCAGCCAAAGUCGGCCGCCGAGAUCAUGGCUGAUAUCUAUCCAGAUGUAAGAGGCGUCGUGGGCAGCAAGCAGCAGAAGACCUGCUGCUAUCCGAUAUACCUGCACCCGUUCGAUCGCAUCAUCGCUGGAGGCUUUGUGGCCAAGGAAGCCUACAUGAACACCAUUUUCCCCUUCGGGACGGAAAGCAGCCAUCAACCCCCGAAAUGGGCAACCGUCAACAUGCACGAUCCCGUCAUUGCCGAGUUCGCUCUAGGGGGCGGCCGGAGCUUUGGAGGAAGAUCUGCGACAGAUGGACGUGCCUGCCAAGCCUGGCUCGUCAGCUUCCUCUUGCUGCUGUCCUGCCUGGAUUUUUAG